AUGGAUGAUAUUACUUCCUUAGAGUUGGGAAAUAAUGAGUAUCUCCCCCAAAAGCGUUUUUUGACUUUCCUCAUGCCAAAAAGGGAAUAUCCAAUCCCCAAGGAGGGAGAAAGAAAGUUGCACCCAGAGCAAAGUGCCAACUUUCUUUACAAGGCAUUUUUUUGGUGGCUAUUCCCAUUAAUGAAGGUAGGAUAUGCUAGAACCUUACAACCAAAUGAUUUAUGGGUAUUGACUGAUGAUUUAAAAGUAGAACACUAUACUGAGCUUUUCUAUUUCUAUCUUGAACAAAUUAAGUUGAAAUCCCAGGGAAAACAUGUUGAGAAGAAAUGUAAAGAACGAAAUGAAAGUGUUGAAAAGAGUUCUGUAGGCUUGGAAGAAGAUUUGAAAGAUUUCGUUUUGUCUAAGUGGGAUAUUGCCUUUGUUAUAUUUUUUACUUUCAAGAGAACUUUGGUUAUUGGUACUAUUCUUGCUGUCAUCUCCCUUUUUGCUAUGGCGUUUACCCCUUUGCUAACCAAAUACCUUAUCAGGUAUGUUGAAGCAAGAUCCCUUGGUCUUGAAAGUAAUGUAGGUAAAAGUAUUGGGUAUUCGAUUGGAUUGGCAUUGUUGAUGUUAUUAUCUGGGGUUACUGUUAAUCAUUAUUUUUACAGAGGUUUACUUGUUGGAGGCUCAACCAAAGCAUUGUUAACUAAUGCUAUUUUGAAAAAAUCACUCAAGUUGAAUGCACAUGGUCGUCAUAAGUUCCCUACUGGAAAAAUAACUUCUAUAAUUACAACGGAUUUGGCCAGAAUUGAAAUUGCGUUGCUUUUCCAGCCUCUCAUUGUAGCACUUCCAGCUGCUGCCAUUGUUGCCAUUGUUAUCUUGAUUGUCAAUAUCGGUGUUUCUGCUGUUAUCGGUAUUGCUGCAUUUAUAUUCUUUUUGGGUUUUAUUUCACUCGGUGCAAAGAAGUUAUUUACUUAUAGAGAUGCUGUCAGUAAGAUUACUGAUAAGAGGGUUGGCUUGAUUAAGGAAAUUCUUAACAAUUUAAAAAUGAUAAAAUUCUAUUCAUGGGAACAACCAUACCAUAAACGGAUGAUUCAAGUUCGUAACCAAGAAGUUAACAUGAUUUUGAAAAUUCAAACAUUAAGAAAUGUCAUUUACUCACUUGCAAUGACAUUGAAUGGUAUUUCAGCCAUGAUUGCUUUCUUGGUGUUGUAUGCGCUUAAGGGAAAAACUGCAAACCCUGCUAAUAUCUUUUCAUCGGUGUCCUCAUUUGAAAUGUUGUCGUUCUUUAUAUUCUUCCUUCCACAAGCAUUAUCAACUAGUGCUGAUAUGCUUAUGGGUUUUCAAAGAGUUGGGGAAUUACUUUCUGCACCGGAAGAAGAAAGCCAUGAAUUAUAUAUCACUCAUGAUGUUCAAAGUGAAGUUGCAAUAAAUGUGACAAAUGGGUUCUUUAGUUGGGAUAACUUUGAAGAUGGCAACAAUGACGAUGAUGAAAGUGAUGCCAAAUCUGAUACAACAUUCAAGGGGUUAAAAAAUCUUAAUUUAACCGUCAAAAAAGGUGAGUUUGUUGUGAUUACUGGUUUAGUUGGUACUGGAAAAUCUUCAUUGUUGAAUGCACUUGCUGGUUUUAUGAGGUGUGAUUCAGGUGAGAUAGAAAUCAAUGGUUCAUUGUUAUUAUGUGGUACUCCAUGGAUUCAAAACAAUACUAUCAGAGAAAAUAUUUUAUUUGGAUCCGAAUUUGAUCAAGAGUUUUAUGAUAGAGUAAUAUAUUCAUGUUCAUUGCAUGUUGAUUUAGCUAAUUUACCUGGAGGUGAUUUUACUGAAGUCGGUGAAAGAGGUAUUACCUUAUCUGGUGGUCAAAAGGCGAGAAUUAAUUUAGCUCGUGCGGUCUACUCCGAUAAAUCUAUCCUUUUGAUGGACGACGUUUUAAGCGCUGUUGAUUCUCGUGUUGGUAAGCAUAUUCUUAACCAAUGUUUGCUUGGUUUAUUGAAGAAAAAGACGAGAAUUUUGGCCACACAUCAGUUGGCUUUGAUUGGAAAAGCAGAUAGAAUUAUUUUUGUGAAUAGUGAUGGUACUAUUGAUGUUGGUACCAUGACUGGUUUAUCAGCAUCAAAUUCAGAAUUCAACAAACUUAUGACUUUCAGUAAAACUGAAACAGAUGAUGAAUUGGAUAUCAACAUCGAUACUGAAAUUGAAAAGGAUCCCUUUGAAGUAAGCUUGGUAGAAGUAGACGAAGAUGAUAAUUUAGACUAUAAGCUUAACAAGGAUGUUUCCAAGGGAAAGAUCACUUCUGAUGAAGAAAGAGCAAUCAAUCAAAUCACAAAUGAAGUUUAUGCGAACUACAUUAAAUACGGUUCUGGAAAAUUAAGCAUUUGGGGAUUUCUCAUUUUACUUACUUUAGUAUUAUCUAUUGCUACAUUCUGUUCGAUCUUCACCAACACUUGGCUUUCAUUUUGGAUUUCUCAAAAGUUUCCUGGUAAAUCUAAUGGUUUCUACAUUGGAAUUUACGUUAUGUUGAACUUAUUAGCUCCCAUCUUUGUUACCAUGUCAUUUAUUGUUUUGAUCACUAUGACCACUAUAUCAGCAAAGAAUUUGCAUUUGAAGGCCAUUAACAAUAUUUUGUAUACCCCCAUGACAUUCAUGGAUACUACCCCCAUGGGCAGAAUAUUAAAUCGCUUCACAAAAGAUACUGAUGUAUUAGAUAAUGAAAUAAGUGAAAAUUUGAGAUUCUUCUGUGAUAGUGGGGCACAAAUAGUUGGAAUUCUUGUGCUUCUUAUCAUUUAUAUCCCUUGGGUCGCUUGUGCAUUGCCUGUGGUUGCUUCCAUCUUUAUUUUGAUUGCUAACUACUAUCAAGCAUCUAAUCGUGAAGUUAAGAGAUUAGAAGCUAUCCUUCGAUCAUUUGUAUUUAAUAAUGUGAAUGAAGUGUUAAGUGGUAUGGGUGUGAUUAAAGCAUACAGAAGCCAAAAGAGGUUUGCCAAAAUUAGUGAUGAUUUAGUUAAUAGAGCUAAUGAGGCUGCUUUUGUGCAAUUUGCAAACCAGCGAUGGAUUGGUAUACAAUUGGAAAUUGUGGCUAGUUGCCUUGUUUGUUUGGUUUCAUUAUUGUGUUGCUUUAAAGUGUUUCAUCUUAACGCUGCUUCUGUGGGUUUGUUAAUGACAUAUGCUAUAAGUAUUUCUUCUCAGUUGUCAAAUUUAAUUAGAACUUUUACUGAAGUUGAAAACUAUAUGAACUCAGCGGAAAGAUUGUGUCAUUAUGCAUUAAAAUUACCACACGAAGCUGCAUAUACGAUUGAUUCAACUGAACCACCAAGUUCCUGGCCACUGGAAGGAGCAAUUGAAUUUGAUAAAGUUAAUAUGAAGUAUAGACCUGAAUUACCUUUAAUUCUCAAAGAUUUGUCGUUUAUCAUUUCAUCUAGUGAGAAAAUUGGUAUUUGUGGUAGGACCGGUGCUGGAAAAUCCUCAAUCAUGACUGCUUUGUAUCGUUUGUCUGAGUUGGAAAGUGGUAGGAUUUUGAUUGAUGGUAUUGAUAUUUCCACGAUUGGAUUGAAAUCAUUACGUUCGCAUUUAUCUAUUAUUCCACAAGACCCUGUAUUAUUUAAUGGUACUAUUAGAAGUAACUUGGAUCCCUUUGGUGAACAUCUGGAUGAAUGGCUAUGGAAUUCAUUAAGAAAGUCUGGUAUCUUAACUGCAACUGAAAUCGAAGAAGCUCAACAAUUAGACAAAUCAACAAAGUCUGAAAAUUUACCUAAAUUUCAUUUGGAUAAAGUGGUUGAAUCUGAAGGGGAAAACUUCUCACUUGGUGAAAGACAGUUGGUGUCGUUUGCUCGUGCAUUGGUUAGAGAAUCUAAGAUUUUGAUUCUUGAUGAAGCAACUUCGUCAGUUGAUUAUGAAACUGAUAAUAAAAUCCAAACCGCUAUUGCUAGAGAAUUCUCAAAUUGUACCAUUUUGUGUAUUGCUCAUAGAUUGAAAACCAUUAUUAAUUAUGACCGUAUCCUUGUUAUGGAUAAAGGACAAACUAAAGAAUUUGAUUCACCAUGGAAAUUGUUCAACACUCCAGGAAGUUUAUUCAGGGAAAUGUGUAACAAGUCAAAUAUAACUGCUGAUGAUUUUGUAUUUAGAGAUUAG